AAACGAAGCCGCGAUUGUACGUGCUGUUUUUUUUGUAUCCCCGCUGUCGCUGGCUUAGGACUACGACAUGCUAAGCCUUAAGUUGUGAUCUGCGAAUAAUCUUUUCAUCCCUGAGCAAUACGCACGUAGGUUGGAUGGCGUGCCGCCGCCUCUUGUUGGCCAGCGUCCUUGCGCUUCUCACGGGCAUCGCUCCUGUUGAAGCAGCUCGUCACGAGGACGUGACCGAACUUCUUGGCAUCGACGGCGGCAAGGCCGGCCGGGCCUCCGAGAUCGGGGUCCCCUCGGCGGCAAACACCAGCAAGGUGGACAGCGACACCGACCUCACCGCAUCGGCACACGGUGCGCAUCACGGGGAAGACACCCACCAGGGGACUGGUGCGCACCACCACGCCUAUAGUGUGGUGGACAUUGCCGUGGGUGUCUGCUUCGUCGGCUUCGUCCUGGUCAUGACGUUGACGCUGCUUCUAGCCAACCAUUCUGACGACGACGUCCGCGCAGCGGCGUACUUCAUGGUGUCACAGACGGUGUCGAUAUUCUGUGCAGUGACGAUUGACGGCGUGAUGGGCGAAGAGAUAAUCUCGCGCGUCAAGGUCAAAGGAGAUUUCUGGACGGGUGUCGUGCUCCGCGCGCUAUACGGGCUCUCGCUGGUAGUGACAGUCUUUGUACGCGUGGCCCGCACGGAGAGCAAGGUGCCGAUGAUGGCCACGGGAGUCCUUGGGGGCCACUUAGUGGGCUACGCUGCUCUCCAGGUUUUUGGGCCUUUGCAGCGGCACUUUGAUAAGCAUGCCAUCACAACAAUCGUGGUCUGCGUGUCCCUGUAUUACAUCAUCCUCAGGGCCAUGCUCUGGUGCUUUGAAUUCCUGAUUCAGGACAGUGGCGAAGCCCGGGAACUGAAGAUUAAAACGAUCCACGAGUGCAAGGAGGACGCGUUCGCCUUCUGCAACGGCUUCCUUCUCGCGCAGGCCUCGAAAUUCUACAUCCUGGGUUUCAUUCCAGAGAUGCACUGCCAACCGCAGGGGCGCUCGCAGCAGGAGAUCACCAAGCUCUUUUGCGUUGUUGGGCUGUAUUCCUUGAUUGUCUGCGUGCUGGCGCCCCUGAAGAAGUUCGCCCAUGUCAUCUCACUGGCGCAGCGUACGGCAGGCAUGGCGGCCGCCUGGUUGCUCGUGUUCGCGGGAGAGUGGCAGCUGUUCAGGGAGGCCGAGACGCCGUCCUACGCGUCAGGGAUCAUGUUGGUGACCUUCGCGAACACGAUGGUCGGCUACGCACUCGUGGUCUCGCUCGACUUCGUGGCGGACAGAAAGUGGAUUCGGCCAUCCUCGGUGAGGGCUGUCAUCUCCCUCGUCGCCGCCAUGGUCGGCAUUUCCUGGGAGAAGGCGUUCCACGAGGCAGACCAUGCUGUGGCCAGCGGACUAGAUUCAAAAUAUCGCUGGAGGUCUGGAGGAUAAAGUACACCGAUAGCGAUGUCUUCGUUUUUGUUGGGUUUCCUGGGGGUCGGGGACCUGGACCGAACGCACCCUUGGAGAGGUCUGUCAGGUGGCGCCGUCCGCAUUUGCUGUCUUCCGAGAGGUUCAGAUCGCUGCUGGACGUCGCCAUUGUGCUCAUCGUGCUCCAGGGGUGGCGCUGGCUCAUCCUGCCGAGGGCGAUCGAGUACGAGGAGGCGAGCGAGGAGAAGCACGAGAAAGAGGAGGAGGAGGAGGAGGAGCACGCCGGGGAGCCGCGGGCGGAGGAGGGCCAGAAGCCGGCACAGGCGCCCGCGCCGCAGUGAGCAAGCCCCCUCUGCUCACAUCCCCGGCGGCCCGAGUGCUGGCCCAGGCCCUCACGAGGCGGCCUCGGCUGCCAAGUUUGUGGGUCAGACCCUGGGGCGCUCCCAGACUUUAGGGGGGGGGGGGAGCUGGCUUCCGCCCACCGACGAGUUCGCUCACUGGGCCUCCCCGGCGAGCGUGGCCGAUCCCGGCAUCGGGCCCGCCGCCCCGGCGGCCUCGGCGCGGACCAGAGCCGCGCGCAGGCA